AUGAUGCAAGAAAACCUGAAAUUAAUCAAGAUCACAGAAGUUUCACUUUAAUAAAAUGAGAAACAGUGAAGUGACUUAAAUCAAAGUGUGUUUUGCAAGUUAGCAACUGACUUAUUAUUAGCAUAGUUAAAAUGAUUCUUAGUUAGUUUAGAAUAAAAUGAACAGAUAAAAGUUAAGGUUGAAGGAAUAAAUUGUGAACGAACAACAUGGAGAGGAGAAAAUGUUUUGUAUGGCACAAAUUAUUUUGGGCUGCUGCAAUAUUACAAUUAGCAAUGUUCACUACAGCACUGAAUGUCACAACUGAAUUACCACCGGAGUCCGAGCCAGUCAGCGGGUACACAUGGAGUGCGUGGGGCAGCUGGAGCGCCUGCUCCAUGUCCUGUGGGGGAGGAGUGGCGGUACAGGAGAGGCAGUGCUUACCCAGAUCCAGAAGUACAGCUGCCAACAUAACGAUACCACCUCCCCUGUCAUCACCCCUGCCGCCUCCCCUGCCACCGCCGGUGAUCACCGUGCGAGUGACGCGACAGACGCGCGACUGCCUCGGCGUAGCGCGCCGAUAUCACGAGUGUAAUACUGCUCCAUGUUCCAAAGGCGAGACGGACUUGCGGGCCGAGCAGUGCGCGGUAUACGACAGACGUCCGUUUCGAGGACGAUUCUACACCUGGGUUCCUUACAUAGACGGUGAUUCUCCAUGCACCCUGAACUGUCGGCCUCUGGGGCAGCAGUUCUACGCGUCGUUGGCUCUGGUGGCCGAUGGGACCCCGUGCACGAAGCCAGGGUACCGGGCCAUAUGCGUGCAGGGGACCUGUAAGAUCGUGGGUAGAGAAACGAUUAUUGCAGCAGCAAAUGCCCGUGAGGUGCGAUGCGGAAGAAGACUGGUGUCAGGCCUGUUCUCCCGGCCGCGGCUGCCGCUCGGCUACUCGUACGUGACGACGGUGCCGCGCGGGGCCUGCCGCCUCAACGUCUCCGAGAUCGUGCCCAGUGACAACUACAUCGCUCUGAAGAUAUCAAACAGUUCGUACAUAGUGAACGGAGAGUUUGCCGUGAGCGCCCCGGGGACCUACGAUGCAGCGGGAGCAAGGUUCGUCUACUCCCGAGUAGCUGGACUCGACAAUAUCUUCGCGAUGGGACCCAUAUUACAACCUGUAGACAUAAUGGUUUUAUACACUCAACCAAAUCCAAGCAUACGAUACGAAUAUUUCACGGAAUCGCUCUCAAAUGAGGGAGAAAUCGAAAUAUCUACGAGGCCCAAUAUCCCUGAGAUUCUCCCCUCAAUAGCUACAAAGCAUAUUCGCAGACACCACACAUUCGAAACGUUUCCUAGACCAAGUGUGUCCAGGUUUCCUGAUCUGGUCAGCAUGUCUAAAGAAGUCGGCAAUAAUGAUGAUGUAGAGGAAAAUGUGGUUGGGAGCAGAAAGUUUAUUUGGAAGAUAACUUCUUACAGUCAGUGCACGAGGAGUUGUGGUGGCGGUAUUCAGCUAGGCAAAUAUCGCUGCGUAGAAAUCAGCACCAAUGGUUCUGAUAAGGAGGUGUCUCCAGUGCAUUGUCCAGGGUCUUCCCCUGUUGGGAGGAGAAGAAGGUGCAACAACGCACCAUGCCCUCCCAGAUGGAGGGCUGCUGCAUGGUCAGCCUGUCCUUAUUGCGGACCAGCGAGUAGGACCAGAAUUGUUGGCUGUGUGCAGGAUCAUUUUAGGGGCAUAACCAAGGUCAGCGAUCAAAAGUGCCCGUCUCCGAAGCCCAUAACAUCGGAAGUAUGCAACAUUCCCAACUGUGACGGAUCAGAACAAAUCGGUGUUCGAGGAGUGAGAACGCAGGAGCAUACAGACACAUUCAGAGAUGGUCCUGUUUAUAGUGUAGCCGUGAAUAGCACAGAUUUUGAUGUGGGCCCUGAAUAUUCGUUUGGAGCUACAGCCGGUUGGCUUUAUACUGACUGGUCAGAAUGUGUAGGCUGGUGCGUGGGUGGUGGGGUUCAGACACGCGGUAUUCGCUGCGCUGACCCUUCAGGAUGUACACCCAAGAAGGCACCAGAGUCCUCCAGGAAUUGUACCCCGAAGCUGACGUGCGAGCCACAUGACGGACGAUGGUUCACUGGUGAAUGGUCACCCUGUUCAUCAUCUUGUGGAGGCAAGCAAAUCCGUGGGGUCCUGUGUAUUGGAGGCAGCGGGAGGCACCUCAGAGACACUGCCUGCAAGGGAACCAAGCCCGAACAGGAACGAAGCUGUGGUGGAGACUGCGCCCCUACGUGGUACUCCGGAGAGUGGGAACAGUGCACCGGCAACUGCACAAACGGCGUGGGAGCUCAGAGAAGGUCGGUGGUGUGCCUGAAGGACUCCAAUGGAGCUGGCUCGGAUGCAGACUGUCCGGGACCGAAACCGGCGUCGGUGAGGGCCUGCGAACCGGACUGCAACUCGGAUGUUCCACCAGAAAUAUCUCUAGAGCCAGAGAUAGCGCCUGUUAUCACGACUAGUCUGCCGACCACACCUCGAAUCGUUCAAACCACACCUCGAGUCAUUCAUACUACUUCUUUUACUACUACCGUCAAAAGUCCUCCUAAAGAAUGCAAGGAUAAGCUGAGCAACUGUGCGCUCGCGGUGCAAGCUCGGCUCUGUCACUACAAUUACUACGUACAGAACUGCUGCUACUCAUGUAUUGGUAGAUGAGCUAUCACAACUACAAACUUUCGUACUUAAAGUGCCAUUUCCAAUUAUUUCUCUAAGAUAAACCGCCAACACGAAGAUUUUGUGGGACUGAAUUUAACGUUUAAUAAUACUCUGACUAGUAUUACUAUCUACGCUAACAACACUGCCUGUAAAUAUACUAUGUUUGCCUUUAAUCAAUUUUAAUCUUCCAAACGCUCUAAGUUUAAAUUUAUUUACAAAUUAGUUUUAAUGGAUACGUAUUUUGUUUAAUUGGUGUGAUAUUUAAAAUAGUUAAUGUUAGUAAGAUGGGAACGGAACUUGGCGCUGCACUACCGUGCCUGUUUUUAAGAAAGUACUUACGAUGUAAUUAUGCGUUAUUUUUAAGAGAAUUAGGAUAUCGCUGUUUGUAACUCGAAUAAGAAUUUUAGUAA